GGGCGGGCGCGGAGCAGAGCGAGCUGCGGCCGUGGCAGCUGCACGGCUCCCGGCCCCGGAGCAUGCGCGAGAGCCGCCCCGGAGCCCCCCGCCGCCCCGCCCGCGGCGCCCCGCGCCCCGCCGCCAGCGCACCCCCGGACGCUAUGGCCCACCCCUCCGGCUGGCCCCGCGUGUAGGAUGGUAGCACACAACCAGGUGGCAGCCGACAAUGCAAUCUCCACGGCAGCAGAGUCCCGACGGCGGCCAGAGCCUUCCUCGUCUUCGUCCUCGUCCCCGUCCUCGGCGGCGCCCGCGGCCCCCGCGCGCCCGCGGCCCUGCCCGGCGGCCCCGGCCCCGGCCCCGGCCCCCGGCGAAACGCACUUCCGCACGUUCCGCUCGCACGCAGACUACCGGCGCAUCACCCGGGCCAGCGCGCUGCUCGACGCCUGCGGCUUCUACUGGGGGCCCCUGAGCGUGCACGGGGCGCACGAGCGGCUGCGCGCCGAGCCCGUGGGCACCUUCCUGGUGCGCGACAGUCGCCAGCGGAACUGCUUCUUCGCCCUCAGCGUGAAGAUGGCCUCGGGCCCCACGAGCAUCCGCGUGCACUUCCAGGCCGGCCGCUUCCACCUGGACGGCAGCCGCGAGAGCUUCGACUGCCUCUUCGAGCUGCUGGAGCACUACGUGGCGGCGCCGCGUCGCAUGCUCGGGGCCCCGCUGCGCCAGCGCCGCGUGCGGCCGCUGCAGGAGCUGUGUCGCCAGCGCAUCGUGGCCACCGUGGGCCGCGAGAACCUGGCGCGCAUCCCCCUCAACCCCGUCCUGCGCGACUAUUUGAGCUCCUUCCCCUUCCAGAUCUGACCGGCCGCGCACGCAGCAUUAACUCGAGCACCUUGUUAUUA